AUGGUUCCAAUCCUGAGGGGAUUCCGAUCUCUGAGCUCCGUGGAACCUGUGGUGCCUCGCCGGCCACUGGAAUGGAGAUAUGGCUGUAAGAACUGUGGCCGGGCCUUCUGUUCUGGCUGCCUUAGCUUCAGUGCAGUGGUGCCUCGGACUGGGAAUACCCAACAGAAAGUCUGCAAGCAGUGCCACGAGGUCUUGACCAGAGGGUCAUCUCCUGCCAAUGCUUCCAAGUGGUCACCACCUCAGAACUACAAGAAGCGUGUGGCUGCCUUGGAAGCCAAGCAGAAGCCCAGCACUCCCCAGAGCCAGGGACAGAUCCAUCAAGACCAAGUUAUCGCUGAGCGCCUAGCACGGCUCCGCCAACAGAACAAGCCCAAGUCAGUGGCCUCGCAGGCGGAGAUAGAAGCCAGGCUAGCUGCACUGAGGGAUGAACCCCGGGGUUCCAUCCCUUCCACCCAAGAAAUGGAGGCACGGCUUGCUGCACUGCAGGGCAGAGUUCCACCUUCUCAGACCCCUCAGCUUGCACAUCAGACACCAGACACCAGGACCCAAGCCCAGCAGGCACAGGAUCUGCUGACAGAGCUGGCAGCACAAGUGGCUAUUGAUGAGAGCUGUCAACGAGGAGGCCCAGCUGCCUCUGUCCAGAAUGACCUCAACCAACCUGGCCCAGGGGGCCAGAGCGUUAAUUCCAAGGGGCAGACCACCUGGUCCCUGGAAGAGGAGAAGAGCAGGCUGCUGGCCGAGGCAGCAGUCGAGCUGCGGGAAGAGAACAUGAGGCAGGAGAGGAUCCUGGCCCUCGCCAAGCGCCUGGCUGUGUUGCGGGGCAAGGACCCUGAUAAAGUGACCCUCCAGGACUAUCGCCUCCCAGACAGUGACGAUGAGGAGGACGAGGAGAAGGCCAUCCAGAGAGUCCUGCAGCAGCUCACCGAAGAAGCUGCCCUGGAUGAGGCAAGUGGCUUUAACAUCCCUGUGGAGCCCACUCUUCGAGCCCAGGCCCAGUCCUGCAGGGUAGAGCCUGAGGCCCAGGCCAUGGCCGCCCAGCUGGAGGCUGAGGAUGAGGAGCUCCCCUGGUGCUGCAUCUGCAAUGAGGACGCCACCUUGCGCUGUGCUGGCUGUGAUGGGGACCUCUACUGUGCCCGCUGCUUCCGGGAAGGCCAUGAUGCCUUUGAAAUUAAAGAGCACCAGACAUCUCCCUACUGCCCACCUCGCACAGGCCGAGAGCACUGAGGAAACCAGGCAGGCAAGCCCACCGGCAGUGGUGCAGGCUGGUGUGCCCACCCCUGGGCCCAGCCUCGGGGCGCCCCAUGGGAGAGUGAGUCAGGCUAGCCUGCUGCUGGAUACGCCCCUUCCUGAGCCUCAAUGUCCCCGGAAGAAGGAAGCAUUUU